CAAAGGUACACUCGACAAAGCACCCGGACGUGACUAUGAGCAAAUACCAGCACCUUCUGCAACCUCUAGACCUGGGCUUCACGCAACUCAAGAACCGCGUGCUAAUGGGCUCCAUGCACACGGGACUCGAGGAGGGCAAGUCGCUCACUCGCCUCGCCGCCUUCUUCGCCGAAAGAGCCAAAGGCAACGUCGGUCUUAUCGUAACUGGAGGCAUUGCACCCAAUCGAGCAGGUCGUGUGAGUCCGUUGGCAGCUAAACUGACGACGCAAGGUGAGGUGAACGCACACAAGGAAGUGACCCAAGCAGUGCACCACAACGACGGCAAGAUCGCCAUGCAAAUCCUGCAUAGUGGACGCUACGGGUACCAUCCAUUCAAUGUAGCACCGUCUCCUAUUAAAGCUCCGAUCGGCUGGUUCACACCCCGAGAAUUGUCCAGCUCUGCAGUGGAGAGCACAAUUCGGGACUAUGCGAGUUGUGCAGCUCGUGCACGUGAAGCUGGCUACGACGGCGUGGAGAUCAUGGGCUCAGAAGGAUAUCUGAUCAACCAGUUCAUCGUAGAGCACACGAACAAGCGCAAAGAUCAAUGGGGUGGCUCGUACGAGAACCGUAUCCUCUUCCCUAUAGAGAUCGUCAAAGCUGUACGUGCUGCAGUCGGCAAGGAUUUCAUCAUCAUCUUCCGGUUGUCCAUGCUGGAUCUCGUUGAGAAAGGCAGCACGUGGGACGAGAUCGUGAUGCUUGCCAAGCAGAUUGAGGCUGCAGGAGCCACGAUCAUCAACACGGGCAUCGGCUGGCACGAAGCUCGCAUCCCGACGAUUGCUACAAGUGUUCCGCGCGGAGGGUUCUCUUGGGUUACCCAGAAAAUGAAGGGCGAAGUGUCCAUCCCUCUCAUCACAACCAACCGCAUCAAUAUGCCUGAUGUAGCGGAGCAGAUCAUCGCUGAAGGACGUGCAGAUAUGGUGUCGAUGGCGCGACCAUUCCUGGCAGACCCGGAGUUUGUGCGGAAGACGGAAGAAGGUCGAGUGGACGAGAUCAACACGUGCAUUGGCUGCAACCAGGCGUGCUUGGACCACACGUUCAAGGCUAUUAUUGCGAGCUGCUUGGUUAACCCACGUUCAGGCUACGAGACGCUACUGAACUACACUCCGACGAACGAUGCCCAACGUGUGGCAGUUGUGGGCGCUGGGCCUGCUGGCUUAUCGUUCUCGACGGCAGCGGCGAUUCGUGGCUAUGAAGUGACGUUGUUCGACCAAGCUGAAGCCAUUGGAGGGCAGUUCAACAUGGCCAAGACGAUUCCAGGCAAAGAAGAGUUCUACGAGACACUCCGCUACUUUGAAAAGCAGCUGAAGCUCAAAGGCGUCAAAGUGAAGCUUGGACAACACGUUGAGGCUGCAGAUCUGACCACUGGAGCUUUUGAUAAGGUGGUUAUCGCGACGGGUGUGUUGCCUCGUGCCCUCAAGAUCCCAGGGGCAGACCACCCCAAGGUUUUGAGCUACCUUGACGUCCUGAAGAACAAAGCUCCAGUGGGUAACAAGGUGGCUAUCAUCGGCGCAGGAGGCAUUGGAUUCGAUGUGGCAGAGUUCCUCGCUCACGUUGGCGAAUCCACAAGCUCAAGUGUCGACGUGUUCGCUCGUGAGUGGGGCAUCGACACGACUAAUUCAGUACGUGGCGGAGUGGCUGGUGUCAAGCCCAGUAUCCCUCCUCCAGCACGUGACAUCUAUCUGAUGCAACGUAAGAGCACGAAACACGGCAAAGAUCUUGGCAAAACGACCGGGUGGAUUCACCGACUGUCACUCAAGCAUCGUGAUGUCAAGAUGAUCGGUGGCGUGUCGUACGAUAAAGUGGACGAUGAAGGACUGCAUUAUACGGACAAGAAAGGGGAGAAACAUGUUCUACAAGUUGACAAUGUGAUCGUUUGUGCGGGUCAAGUGCCGCUUCGAGAGCUCGAGAAGCCACUGCAAGAGAAAGGAGUCACCGUGUUCCGUAUUGGCGGUGCUGACGAGGCUGGCGAGCUGGAUGCUAAGCGCGCGAUUGAUCAAGGAGCUCGCUUGGCUGCUAACAUCGAGACAGCUAAGCCUGGCGACCCACUCGAGGCCGAUGCUACGCUGUCAGCGAAGGUCUUUGAGUUCUUGGGCAAAUUUCAGCAGUAA